AUGGAGAGUCUAAGAUGCAUUCUGAUCUGUGUGAAGUGCAACAAAUUUUACAAUACCACCACUAGAGUACCUUUAAACUUACCUUGCUAAGACGUCAUCUGUAAGCAGUGCUAUGAAUUUGAAUACAGCUAAGUCUAGUCCUAAAUUAUUAUAUGCCCAUUCGAUGCAGAUCAUCUAUUUGAGAGGACAGCAAGAGUUAUUGAAUCUUAAAUAAUCUUGAGAUAUCUCUAGCAAUAUGAUUUUUACUCCAUUUAAUGCUCAGUUCAUCAAGAUGAAAACGCAAGAAAUUAUUGCAAAGUUGAAGACAAAAUCUUGUGCGGAAGAUGCAUACUUUCUAACCCUCAUGAACAUCAAAGAAAAAAGAGAGAAACUCAUUUUGACAUAAAAAGAGAAUAUUUAGAGGAUUCUUUUUAGAAGGUGCUCUAGCAUUCUUAGCUUGAUGAAUCUGUGAUAAAAAAAAUAAAAGAUCAAAGUGAUCUAAAUACUUUCUUGGCAAAUUUUUCUUAUUAAUAAGCAAACAAGCAUGAGCAAGAGAGACUCUACUCUGAAUAGAUUAGAAGGAGUGUUCCAAGUAGUAUUCCAACUCUAAAAAUUCCAUUAUAUCUAGAAUUCAAAAGAUUGAUGGAAAUUGAGCUUUCAAGAGAUGAGCUAAGUUUGAUUAAGAAACAUAUAGAUCCUCUUAGGAGUAUCACCUAUUCAUUGAUAUAUAAGGGCAUCAGAGAUGGAUUUUUAUCAAGCAAAUUUCAUGAGAUAUGUGAUAACAAGGGAUCUACUGUGUCUUUCAUUUUAAGUGACUCAGGCCAAGUCUUUGGAGGGUAUACAAGUAAGCCUUGGAAUAGUGAUGGAAAAUAUUAAAAGGAUUCAGGGGCAUUUUUAUUUUCAUUAUCAAAGAGAACAGUUCACAAGCAAUAUUAGAAUAGGGAUUAUGCUGUUUAGAAUAAUAAAAAUGCUUUACUAGCAUUUGGAUAUGGACACGAUAUCCUCAUUCCAAAUAAUUGCUAGAUUCAAAAUUGCUCUACAAAGUUAGGAGCUACUUACAUGAUACCUUCUGAUACAGAAUUUAAUGAGAUAGAAUGUGAGAAGUAUUUUGCUAACACUCAAAAUUUCAAAGUUGUAGACAUUGAAGUGUAUAAGGUUGUAAUAAACUGA